AAUAAUUCAUAGCCAUGAUUUCUUCAUUACAAGAAAAUAAUUUAUUUUCUUGAACACAAUACAUAACAUUUUUAUUUAGCAUGGCAACUUCGUCAAGGCCUAAAGAAAAAUCUUUAUCAACACAAUCAUCAACUGCAAGCAGACCACCGCAGGCCGUAAAAUUCGCCCGUCGAACAUCUAGUGGCCGGAUUAUGAGCUUGUCCCGCGACGACGAUAUAGACAUGUCGAAUGAAUUUUCAAGUCAGAAUGACUACAUUAAUUACACUGUUAUGAUGCCUCCUACUCCUGAUAACCAGCCUGCAGGAACCUCGUCAGAAAAUAAACCUGACGGGGCUACCUCGUAUGGAGGAACGAGUCGGUUUGGCUCGGAGACGCCUUCUCAACGAAUGAGUAGGAGGAUCGGAGAGGACGAGGAUAAUUACGGAGGUGGUGGUAGUGAUGCUGGUGGUGGUACGGGCUCGAAAUUGGAGCGGAGAAUGUCGAUAAUGAAAUCGAAUAACAAAUCAAUGUUGUUGAGGAGCCAAACGCAGGAUUUUGAUCAUAAUAGAUGGUUGUUCGAGACGAAAGGAAAAUACGGUGUCGGAAAUGCGUAUUGGUCGGAAGAAGAUACUUACGGUCCUGACACAGGAUUGAGCAUGUCAGAUUUUUUGGAUAAGCCUUGGAAGCCACUUACAAGAAAGGUGAAGGUUUCUGCAGCUAUUCUUAGCCCCUACAGGAUACUUGUGGCCAUCCGUUUGGUAAUUCUAUGUCUUUUCUUGGCAUGGCGAAUUCAGAAUCCUAACAGAGAUGCAAUGUGGCUAUGGGGAAUAUCUCUAGUUUGUGAGAUUUGGUUUGCAUUUUCAUGGUUACUUGAUAUCAUGCCCAAGCUUAAUCCCAUCAACCGAGCAACUGAUCUAGCUGCCCUCCAUGACAAAUUUGACAAGCCAUCUCCAGCCAAUCCAACAGCCAGGUCGGAUCUUCCCGGCGUUGACGUCUUCGUUUCCACCGCUGACCCGGAAAAGGAACCGCCGCUGGUCACUGCUAACACCAUUUUAUCAAUUCUUGCAGUUGAUUUUCCGGUCGAAAAGGUGUCGGGUUAUAUUUCUGAUGAUGGUGGGGCUAUACUUACUUUUGAGGCCAUGGCUGAGGCUGUCAAAUUCGCUGAGGUGUGGGUACCAUUUUGUCGAAAACACAACAUUGAGCCAAGGAAUCCUGACAGUUACUUCAACCUGAAAACCGAUCCUACCAAGAACAAGAAACGGCCUGAUUUCGUCAAGGACCGCCGUUGGAUCAAGAGAGAGUACGACGAGUUCAAGGUUAGGAUCAAUGGCCUCCCGGAAACUAUUCGCAGGCGAAGUGACUCGUAUAACAAAAUGGAGGAGAGAAAAGAAAAAUCAGUUGCUCGGGAGAAAAACGGAGGCACAUUGCCGGUGGAAGGGGUUAAUGUUCCGAAGGCUACUUGGAUGGCUGACGGCACCCACUGGCCUGGAACAUGGCUAAAUCCUACGGCUGAUCACUCAAAGGGAGAUCAUGCUGGCAUCUUGCAGAUAAUGAGUAAAGUUCCAGAAAGUGAUCCAGUUUUGGGUCAACCUAACGAGAAGACACUGGAUUUCACAGGGAUUGAUACCAGAAUACCAAUGUUUGCAUACGUGUCGCGAGAAAAGAGGCCAGGUUAUGACCAUAACAAGAAAGCUGGAGCCAUGAAUGCCAUGGUUAGAGCUUCAGCAAUAUUGUCAAAUGGACCAUUUAUACUCAAUUUGGAUUGUGAUCAUUACAUCUAUAAUUGUCUUGCUUUGAGAGAAGGAAUGUGUUUUAUGAUGGAUCGAGGUGGUGAUCGUAUUUGCUACAUUCAAUUUCCGCAAAGAUUUGAAGGGAUUGAUCCUUCUGAUAGAUAUGCUAAUCAUAACUUUGUUUUCUUUGAUGGAAGUAUGCGAGCACUUGAUGGUCUUCAAGGUCCAGUAUAUGUCGGAACUGGGUGCAUGUUUAGGAGAUAUGCACUCUACGGGUUCCUUCCUCCGAGGGCAAACGAGUAUUCAGGAAUGUUUGGACAAGAAAAGGCCAAAGCUCCACACAUUCUGGCUCAAUCAGACGAUGACUCAGAAACGCAGCCCCUGACAAUGCAUCCUGACUUAAACCUGCCAAAGAAAUUUGGGAGUUCAGUUAUGUUCAACGAGUCCAUAGCGGUAGCUGAGUACCAAGGACGGCCACUUGCUGAUCAUGUUUCUGUUAAGAACGGAAGGCCUCCUGGUGCAUUGCUCAUUCCCCGUCCUCCGCUUGAUGCUCCCACCGUUGCAGACGCAGUUGCUGUUAUCUCGUGCUGGUACGAGGACAAGACAGAGUGGGGGGAGAAGAUAGGUUGGAUUUACGGGUCAGUGACAGAAGAUGUGGUGACAGGAUACAGGAUGCAUAACCGAGGAUGGCGGUCUGUAUACUGCAUAACCAAGAGAGACGCCUUCCGCGGAACAGCACCCAUCAAUCUCACAGAUCGUCUUCACCAGGUUCUUAGAUGGGCUACCGGUUCAGUUGAAAUCUUUUUCUCUAAAAAUAAUGCAUUUCUCGCAAGCAGGCGUCUCAAGUUCUUGCAGCGAAUCGCUUAUCUCAAUGUCGGAAUCUACCCUUUUACUUCCUUUUUCUUGGUGACUUACUGUUUCCUUCCAGCGCUUUCCCUCAUCUCAGGACACUUCAUUGUGUCAACACUAAAUGUCGCUUUUCUUUCGUACCUACUCAUCAUUACGAUAACGCUCAUGCUCUUGUCGCUUCUCGAAGUAAAAUGGUCCGGAAUAGAGCUAGAAGCAUGGUGGAGAAAUGAGCAGUUUUGGGUAAUUGGAGGGACUAGUGCUCACUUUGUUGCUGUGCUACAAGGGCUUCUAAAAGUAGUAGCUGGCAUUGAAAUUUCUUUCAAGUUAACCUCCAAGUCUGUAGGAGAAGACGUCGAUGAUGCUUACGCUGAUCUCUUCAUGGUUAAAUGGACAAGUUUGUUUAUAAUGCCGCUAGCUAUCAUACUCUGCAAUCUCAUCGCCAUUAUUAUCGGAUUGUCGAGGACGAUAUAUAGUGUUAUACCGCAAUGGAGUAAGCUAAUCGGAGGAUGCUUUUUUAGCUUCUGGGUAUUGGCUCAUAUGUAUCCUUUUGUUAAAGGGUUAUUGGGGAGGAGAGGAAAAGUGCCAACAAUUAUAUAUGUUUGGUCAGGACUUCUGUCAAUUACAGUAUCUUUGCUCAUGAUAUCAAUUGAUCCUCCUACUGGAUCCUCAGUUUCUGCAGGUGGAAAUCUUUAGAUAUAGUUUGCAAUAACUAGGAACUCAUGUUUAUGUACUUCUAGAUUUUUCUUUCUUUUAGGUUUUUGUUGUUUGGCUCCCAAAAUAUAAAUAGCGAAACACUUGUCUAUUAAUUUAAUUGUGAUACCUUUACAAAUAUACUGCAUAAUCCUUCAUGUAAUCUUCAAUAGAGAAUAUAUGUAACACCAGAUAACCUAAAUGAUGAGAUUUUUCAAUUAUUGAACUAA